AUGCUUCGUCUGGGACCCACUCGUAUUUUCCUGGGAGAAGAAGACCUCCGUUAUCAUCUGGGAAGAGUUUACCUGCGUCAGACAGAAUCUGCGUCGGGAUAUAACACGGACCAAGCCAGCAGCGACGAGGAUGAGGACGAGUAUGAAGAUGAGGAUGACGAAACUUCCAUCGACUCCCUGGGGUUCUCUCCAUAUGCUCUGUCCCAAUUCAAAGUGUCCAAUUCAAGUUUCGCCAGUGAGCGAGAUAGUUGGCCAUCACAAGAUCGAUGGCCGAAAAACUGGAGAACAAAUGCUGUCGGCCUCCCUUCGACGCUUGCUGAAUCUACCACUCUUGAAACGUCACUAGUCUCGGCGUCCUCUGUUUGUGCUGAUUUUCGUGUUCCUGGCCUAGUCGGCGUGACGGACGCGAAUGGUACUCUCACUCGACGUGCAAGUGCCAGAUCACGAUACGUGUGCUAUACUGGUCUGCUUCAACAUUCACCACAAACAAACACCCCAACUCUCACUAGCUUGAAGUCUGGUGUCCCCCUCAGUUCAGCUGAUGAGAAGACAAGGAGUUGCAAACUUCUCAACACCAAUACCACUGGGAACCCGUGCCUCUCUUUUCGUCAAGAGCUGGAAAGUUCCACGGACCUCUCCGUUUCCUUGCCCCUCACAACUCUAACUCUUGACUUGGAACACACGGCUUCUCAUCAACACAAAGCGGCACUGAGCCCCAAGUCUAGUACUCAACUGAGCCAACAGACCAAGUUCUUCCACCCCAGUCUGAGCAUCAAGACAUAUCCAUCCGCGUACCCUGUCCCACUCAAUCCACUGGUCAAAAUCCUCAACCGGCUUCUCCAAGAGGGACUGAUAGUCAAGGCAGCCAUGAUGAACGGCGCAACGGAAUCAAAUAACUCAGGACCAUGGAGAAGAGGGGCAGUUCGAACCCGCAACCCCAUGUGGCAACACUUAAAUCGUUUGCACGGAACAGGUGCCACUGAUGGUCCAGAGAGGACCUCCGCAGCCCUAGCGAGUGACUCUCAGGAUCUACCUGAGCCAGUUGCGUCCGCUGAAUCUCCAAGAAGCCCCGCUGCCGAGCGACCGAGGAAUGAGAGUGACAGCGAGGCGGAAAAAAUGGACAAAGUGCGUAGAGUCAUGUCCAUCAGUUCAUUGGCCCCUGCGGACAACCAUGUUGAGAUACGAUCUCGGCAUGGGGCCAGGUCAUCCGAUGCAGAUGUGGAACUCCUUCCUAGGGGUUCGGCGACUAUGAGAGAGCCGGACCUAGUCGCUUCCACCAUGGGGCCCGCCCACCUCACCCACGAUCGGGUAUUACAACAGAAUGGCGCUGUUCUUGCAGGGCCGCUAGAUACCUCCAGGGUGAUCCUGACCCACCCAGUAUCUUCAACCGCUGGUAUACACCCUAAUUCUCGUGCGACGAGUCGGGAGCAACCCUUGGUGACGUAUGGACCAGUGGGAACCAUGACCGAAACAUCCCCAGCAGCCGGUCUGCACUAUUCUUCUGCGAUCGCUCGUGAGCAGCCCACGGCGACGUAUGGACGAUUGGAGGCCAUUCGUCGAGCAGCUCCAGCUGUUCGUGUACAGCCAUUCACUCCUGUCAACCCACCAAGCCGGACAAGACAAGAGGGCUCGGCAACUCCACAUGGUAGCCACCCUGAGCCAAAUAGCGAUGAUGCCAUCUUUAAGGCGGAAGCUGAUGCUAUUGAAAAGCGCCUGAACCGGAUGAUCUCCGGGGAAUUGCAAGCUGCUAAGCGUAUCAACAUUUACGAUUAUGGAUUGGGUGCGCUGAGAAGAAAGCCGCUUGGAGAAUGGUACCGAGAGGCAGUGAACAAGGACAUGUAG